CACCCUUGGUCAGUGCUACCACCGUUACAACACCACAACACACCAUGGCGAUGUUUACUGCGCAAGCUGCCAAGCGACAGAAAACCUCAUCCCUCCGAGACGCCUCCAGUCGUGCCAACAUUCCAGAGGCUAACGAAUUUUUCCCAGCCUUAAGCAAAGUGGAGUACAAGCCUGAGGCAGGAGUGGAAGACACACUUAGUUAUCGCUACUACAACGCUACAGAGAGGGUUCAUGGCCGUCCCAUGGAAGAGUGGCUGAGACCAGCAGUGUCGUAUUGGCAGGCCUUCCACCUCCCCAGCACAUCUCACGGGUUCAGCUUCAAUGAGUCGACGUAUUCCAGGCCUUGGGACGAUGGAACUCAAACUUUAGAUUGUUACAAGAGGCGACUCAGAGCUGCAUUUGAAUUUUACUCCAAGUUAGGAGUGAAGCACUGGACAGUGUGGGACAGACAGCUGGCUCCAGAAAGUGACUCUCAGGAGGAGUUCAGUCACAACCUGGACGAGAGUGUGGAGUUUGUCAACGAAUUACAACACCGAUCAGGAGUACGUCCCUUGUGGCUUGGCGUAGAUCUCUACUCCCAGCACAAGUACUUCAACGGAGCAGGCACCAGUUCGGACGCAGCGGUGGUAAGUGCUGCAGGCGCUCAGAUUAAGAAGGCGUUGGAGAUCGCUCAAAAGCUCGGAGCAGAGAACUUCCUGUUCCGAGGCGCGAGGGAGGGCUUUAGCUCAACACUCAACACCGACCACUCCCGUCAACUGCGCAACUAUGCCAGACUGCUGAAGAUGGCUGCAGAUUACAAAGACAGACUAGGCUACAGAGGUCAACUACUUUACGAGCCAAACUUCGAAGAUUGGUUCAACGAUAGCAAUUACGAUACAGAGCAGAAAACGUUCUUCCGUUACGAGUAUGACUCUACGAGCGCAAUCUGCUUCCUCAAACACUACGGGCUGGACCGGCAGUACAAGUUGAGUGUGAGACCUGGACAUCAGCUGACUCUAGCGUCUGUCUACGGAGCUCUCGGAUCUGUCGACACGACCUUCACAACAACGCCUCCUCAUCUGCCCGACGCUGUGCUGCUGCUCAAAUCUGUGAUUGAGAACGGAGGACUACAGCCAGGAGGAAUCAACAUCGGGGUGAAGCUUCGUCCUGACUCUGUAGACCUCAAGGAUUUGGCCGUCGCUUACAUAUCUACCAUCGAUACUUACGCCAAGGCUUUGAGAGUUGCAGCUAAGAUCAUCGCUGAUGGAGUGUUCAUUAAAAAUUUGCAGCAACGCUACCUAACAUUUCACUCUGGCUUCGGCAGCCGAUUCAUGAAUGGAGAAGCAAGUUUGGAAGAAUGUGAAGAAUACACUAGAAAACAAAACGGAGAAAACAUUCCAACAUCUGGACGUUCCGAACACUGGGAAGCUCUGUUUAACCGUUAUGUAGACUCUAGAUACUGAACAGGUGAUCACAGUAACAGCUGACUCAUCAGGAGAUACAACCUAUAGAGUAGAAUAAUGUAAAGUGGAUGGCACAAAAAUUGUCUGAAAGUCAUUGUAAUAGUAAUUGUACUCUAGAAACCUUUGGCAACAAUUGUCAACUUUCAUCAGACCAUCUUCAAAGGUUCCUUUCAAGAAGCAUCAAUUUGAACAUGAUUAUUAAACUAUUGGAUACUAGAGUAGACACUUCAUCUGGACCAUCUGGAGGAAAGUGUGUGUGUGUGUACUAAUGUAAAAUUCAGUAAUCUCUUAAUUUUUGAAACUUUGAUCAUUUAUGUGACAUAAAAGAUUAAAUAAAUUGAGUUUGUAACAAGUUGUCCAUUUGGUUUGGCUUGGCUUACAGUUUGUUGAAAUGACAGAGAUUAGUAUUUCAUGUUGUUAGCCUCCAAAUCACUUGUAGGAUAUAUAAUAGUAGUUUAAAUACUUAACUGUCAGAGUGAUUCUUGUAGUCCAGUCUAGGCUAUCACAUUCAAUUUUCAAUGGGACAAGAUGUUAAUUUUCAAUCGGGUCACAAGGGGUCAAUUUUUGUUCAUUUAUUACACCAGUUUAUUAAUGAAACAGCAACACAUGAAAAUACACACACUAACACUAACGUUUGCAAAUAUGUGUGUAUAUGUGCGGAAACUUUGCUCCGUGUGAUGACCGACUAUUUUCGUCAUACUGUGGAAAUAAUCUUCUAAUCGUUAAAAACUUAGACCACCUAAUUUGAGGUUAUACCAAUGGGUUAAAAAUUGGGUUUUCCCAUUUUUCACCAAAAAACAUUAAAUUUAGCAAUUUCUUUCCAAACCAUUUUAUUGAGCUUAAAAAAACAAAAUAAUUUAGUAUAUUGAAGCAUUUCUAUGCGCCUAAUGGAUAUGGAGAAAAUUAAAAAAAAAAUUGUAAUUAAAAAUUCCCAUGUUAUUCUUAUAGAUAAUAAGUAAACUGUUGUAGUUUGCUUGUUUAUGAACAUACUUUGAUCAAAUUUGGAAAAUGCAUUUAUUUUUACUAAACUAUUAACAUUUUACAUUUUUUUUACUUUUUUACCCUCCCUGUUGCAGCAAACCUAAGUAUUCGGUAAUCUAAUUCUAUUUAAAUAGGGAAUAAAUGUGAUAUUUUUAAGGGAGACAUUUUAGUGUAGAUCCAAUCAGGCGUAUGGAAAUUUGCUUAGUCUGCAGGUUUGCUGCGGCAGUGGAAUUUUUUUAUUCAAUUGCACUCUAUUGAAAAAUAGAGUUUUGUAUUUUGUUAGGAUAAUUGAAAGACUUAGUUGUUGAUAGCAUUUACUGAUCUCAUUUUUAGGUAGAAAAACACCUUUACAUAAAUAAUUGACAAUUUUAUUUAUAUUUAUAUUUAAUAUCAAUGCUGUAAAUCAGAGCGCGUUGAGUUUUUAAGUUGAACUGGUAAAAAAAGUGUUUUAGGCUUGUCAAUUUCACCAGAAAAUCGUAGAUUUUAGUCUACAAAUUCUAACAUGUUUUAAUGCCGCUAUUUUGCACAAUUGCAAAGAUGUUGGUUUUUAGCACCAUCAUUCUCUUAGUCUGCUACUUUUGCAUUUAUUUGAGAUUGUGGAUUCUGAGUGCCAUAAUGUCUUGUAUGUAAUAAAUAAAUGAAGUGAAUAAGGUUAUUCAUUUGUGAUUUUAUAAUUUUAGCGAAUUUCCCUAUAGGGAAGUAGCUAUUACCGUAGGUCUCAUGGUAAGACCUAAGCCCGGGACCGAUUUACUUUUUCAUUUUGAUGUCCCCAGAGGCCAAAAACACCAUUCGUUCAAAUUUUUAUAUAUCUAUAUAUAGAGAUAUAUAUAUAUAUAUAUAUAUAUAUGUGUCCAUCCGCACGAUAACUUGAGUAAUUUUUGUCCGAUUUUGAUAAAAUUUGGUUUGAAGGUGUAAGGCGGGAUAAACUUGAUUGAGUUCGCGAACCAGCAUGAUCGGACUAUGGGAACGGGGGUUUAUGGGGGGUUUUAUGGGGUAAAAAUAGGUUUUUCCCAUUUUUGACCCUAAAAACACGAAAUUUCACAAUUUCUUUUUAAACCAUUUUGUAGAGCUUAAAAAAACAAAUAAUUUAGUAUAUUAAAGCGUUAUUAUGCGCCUAAUUGUUACGGAGAAAAUUUAAAAAAAUUGUAAUUUUGAAAUUCCCAUGUUAUUCUUAUGGAGAAUAAGUCAACUGUUGUAGUUUGCUUGUUUAUGAACAUAUUUUGAUCGAUUUUGGAAAAUACUUUUAUUUCUUACUAAACUAUUAUCAUUUCAUAAAAAAAUCUUUUUUACCCUCCCUGUUGCAGCAAACCUAAGGUACUUGUUAAACUAAUUCUAUUUAAAUAGGAAAUAAAUGUGCUAUUUUUAUGGAGGCAUUUUAGUGUAAAUCCAAUCAGGUCAAUGGAAAUUCGCUUAGUCUGCAGGUUUGCUGCGGCGGGGGUAUUUAUUACUAUGCCUGAUUAUUAUCCGUGACCAUAAUACCAGUUAAAUAAAAUUGUAAAAAUAAUAUUCAUUAGAAUAACAAAAAACUGAUUGUUUACUGUUAUUAUAACCAUUGACUAUUGGAAUAGUUAUAACUCUCUCUAUCUUCUGUACAAUGUUUAAUAACCAAACUAUUUACUUAUUUGCCAAUGUUACUUAUGUGGAAAUGUAUCACUACUUUAUUAAUAUAAACUUUUAAGCGCAUUGGUUGUUUGAUAAGAUUAAAUAUUUGAAAAAUCCUCAAUAACUGACAUAGUAUAAAAUUGUAUGAAAGAUAAAAUAACAUAGGUAAAAAAACUCAUUUUAAAAUGUUACUAUUUACUUUUAUUUAUUAUAAAACACAAUUUGAUCACAAUUUAACUCUUGUUUUUUACUAGUAUUAGAUUUCAUAAGUUAGUUUUAGUUGUUUUGUUACAUUAGUUUCUGGAUAUUUUAUAAACUUUGUUGUUAUAUAAAUAUUGAGGUUUUUAUUCAAGCUGUCAACUUUUUCUAUCACCAUGUAAGUAAAGUAAACCAAUACUUAUUCCCAGACAAUUGUCACACGGUUUUCAACUAUCUCCUUUGCCAUUGACUGAAAACAAAUUAAUAUACAUUUUACUCAACAUAUUGUCAAAGGUUGAGCUGUGACAAAACUAGAUGAAUAUAUAAUUUUAAAUUGGU